GUCGGCGAGGGAGAAAUGGCGGCGAACUACGAGUACGACGAUGCUCCGGCGGCGAAUUACGAGGGGGAGAGCGGCGGGGAGGGUGGAUACGACCCAAAUUUCGUGCCGGAUUCGGUGAAAUCGUUCGUGGUUCACAUGUACAGACACAUAAGGGAGAAGAACGUGUACGAGAUCCACCAGAUGUGUGAGACAUCGUUCCAGACCUUAUCGGAACGUCUGUUCAAGGAGACGCCGUGGCCGUGUGUUGAAGCCAUUGCGCCAUACGUUGAUAACGACCAUGUCUUCUGUCUUCUCUACCGCGAGAUGUGGUUUCGGCAUUUGUAUGCGAGGUUAUCUCCUACUUUGAAGCAGAGGAUUGAUUCUUAUGACAACUAUUGCAGCCUCUUUCAGGUUGUGUUGCACGGCGUAGUUAAUAUGCAAUUGCCGAACCAGUGGUUGUGGGAUAUGGUGGAUGAGUUUGUCUACCAGUUCCAAAGUUUCUGUCAAUUCAGAGCGAAGCUCAAGAACAAAACAGAGCAGGAGAUUGCAUUGCUCAAGCAGCAUGAUAAGGCAUGGAAUGUGUAUGGCGUGCUCAACUUCUUGCAAGCACUUGUUGAAAAGUCCACAAUCGUCCAAAUUCUUGAGCAAGACAAGGAUGGGCUUGAACAGUUCACUGCCACUGAUGGGUACGAUUACAGUGGUGGGAGUAACGUGUUGAAGGUCCUAGGUUACUUCAGCAUGGUCGGUCUCUUGCGUGUUCACUGCCUCCUCGGUGACUACCACACUGGUCUCAAAUGGUUGCAGCCCAUUGACAUCACUCAGCAAGGUGUUUACACCAGCGUCAUAGGGUGCCAUAUCGCAACUAUAUAUCACUAUGGAUUUGCCAACCUUAUGUUGCGAAGGUAUGUUGAUGCUGUUCGUGAAUUCAACAAGAUUCUCCUCUACAUUUAUAAGACAAAGCAGUACCAUCAAAAGUCACCGCAGUACGAGCAAAUACUGAAGAAGAAUGAGCAGAUGUAUGCAUUGCUUGCGGUUUGCCUCUCGCUGUGCCCUCAAACAAAACUCGUCGACGAGUCUGUCAACUCUCAGUUGCGAGAGAAGUAUGGUGAAAAGAUGAUGAGGAUGCAGAGGUAUGACGAUGAGGCAUUUGUUAUUUUUGAUGAGCUCUUCUCUUAUGCAUGUCCCAAGUUCAUCACCCCUUCGGCACCAAGUUUCGAGGAACCUCUUGUCAAUUACAACCAGGAUGCAUACAGGCUUCAGUUGAAGAUGUUCCUUUAUGAGGUAAAGCAGCAGCAGCUGUUGGCGGGAGUGCGGACAUUCCUGAAAGUCUACUCCUCCAUUUCUCUUGCUAAGCUUGCAAAAUACAUGGAAGUUGAUGAGUCCACUCUAAGGACCAUAUUGUUAACAUACAAGCACAAGACCCAUUCAGUUGAUUCCGAUGGUAGGAUCAUCUCCAAUGCAGACAUUGACUUCUACGUCAACAAUGACAAGAUCUACGUUGUGGAAACAAAACCCGCAAAACGUCAUGGUGAUUUCUUCUUGCGGCAGAUUGCCAAGCUUGAAGGCGUGAUAAACGAUAUGGAACGCGUCAAACUGGAAUGAGCAUUUUUAUGUGUUGCGCCUGUCCUCUAUGCCCAAUUGAUAUGCUUUUGAGAGCCUUCAUGUAGUCAAAUGGUGUAGUUCCACUCUUUCUGGUGUUACUUUAAUCAUCUUUGUUAUGAAUUAUUGCCAUUUUUCAAUUGAGUGUGGCACUAAAGAAGAUUAUAUUCAUACAAUCUCAUAAGUUCCUUUCGAAUUAUUUUACCCGAUUUUUGAUA